AGUGAUGGUAUACUGUACAUUAUACGAACUGGCUAUAGGAUCAGCGCGACGAUCUUCGAAAGAUGAGAGAGAAUUUUAAAAGAAUGCGCACGUAAGCGCGGGCCAGCCGUUCUCCAGACGCGAGGAUCAUCCGAGAGGGAUGAUGGUGAUGAGGAUUUUACGCGGCUGAUAUAUAUUUACAAAGGGUGAAGUGUCUGUAAGGAAAAAGAAGAAAAUUGUUUUACGCGAAAGGAUAUAUUUUGUGAAUCCGGGACUGGUAGAUAGUUUAGAGGUCAAUAGCCGGGACAUGCAGAAUGGAGGACCGCCGAGCUGGCAAGACUAAAGGCGCCGAUGUUAGACGUGUCACCCAGGAGGUCAAGGAUUACGCGAAACAGGAAUCGAGCGACGAUGACAAGGUUCAAUUGCUCAAGAGCCAGAACCACGACAAAGCACUGGUGGCAAACCAUGCUACCAGUGAGAAGAAAAUCAAAACUCAGUUUAAUCAAACCCCAACGAGUAUAAAAGUCAAUUUUGACAUAGAUCUCUUAGCAGUGGUGCUGUUGAUAGCAGGUGUUGCAACAAGAUUUUACCGUCUUGAAGAACCAAGGAGUAUAGUGUUUGAUGAAUUACACUAUGGCAAGUACGUGAGUCUGUACAUGAAGAAUACAUUCUUUUUUGAUCCACAUCCACCUCUUGGCAAGCAACUCAUAUCCGCAGCUGCAUACUUGGCUGGAUUCGACGGAAACUUCAAGUUUGAUAGAAUCGGUUCUCAAUAUGCAGAGAGUGCUCCUCUUUUUGCUCUUAGACUGAUUCCUGCUCUCUGUGGAAGCUUGCUUAUCCCAACUGCAUAUCACUUAGCAUUAGAAAUAGGAUUAAGACAAUGGAGUGCUGCCAUUGCAGGACUAUUGUUGUUGCUUGACAAUGCACUUUUGACACAAUCAAGGUUCAUCUUGAUGGAGAGUAUCUUGAUACAAUUUUCACUGGUGGGUUUAUUAUGCAUCAUGAAGUUUAGAAAAGUUAGGGAUAAGCCAUUGACAUUAUCAUGGUGGUUCUGGUUAAUUGCAGGAUUUGGAAAUUUAACAUGUGCUUUAUGUGUCAAGUAUGUUGGUUUUUAUUCAUUAUUGCUGGCUCUCUACUUGGUUGGACGUGAUUAUUGGUCACUGAUUCCCAAGAAGCAUCUGUCAACCAUGACUUUAUACUUGCACUUAAUGGCAAGAAUAUUUGUGAUAGGAACAGUUAUUACUUCUGUAUACUUGAGCAUAUUUUAUGUACAUUUAUCAGUGCUUACAAAAGCAGGACCUCAUGACUCCGUUAUGACUAGUGCUUUUCAAGCAAGUUUGGAAGGUGGGCUAGCAAGUAUCACAAAAGGUCAGCCAAUAGAAGUUACACAUGGUUCUCAAAUCACUUUGAGGCAUACACAUGGUAGAGCUUGUUGGUUGCACAGCCAUGACCAUGUAUAUCCACUUAGAUAUCCUGACAAUCGUGGAAGUUCACACCAGCAACAGGUCACGUGCUAUUCGUUUAAAGAUGUCAAUAAUUGGUGGAUUGUUAAGAGACCAGAUAUCAAUGAUCUGGUAGUAACAAAACCUAGUGAGCCUAUCAAACAUGGAGACGUCAUACAGUUGGUGCAUGGAAUUACAAGUCGUGCUCUCAAUUCCCAUGACGUUGCAGCUCCCAUGACUCCCCAAAGCCAAGAAGUUUCUUGUUAUAUUGAUUACAAUGUAUCUAUGCCAGCACAAAAUUUGUGGAGACUUGAGAUUGCAAACCGUGAUCAAGUUGGAAACGUUUGGCAUGCUAUUCAGUCACAAGUACGUUUAGUUCACGUGAAUUCAGAAUAUGCUCUGAAAUUCAGUGGAAGGCAAUUACCAGAUUGGGGAUUCAAUCAGCAUGAAGUGGUAGCUGACAGGCUCAUUGAUCAAUCAGAUUCUAUAUGGAAUGUUGAAGAGCAUCGUUACACAAAAAGCGAGGAUCAAAAGCAGAGAGAAAGAGAACUGCUCAAUGCUGAAAUGAUUCCACUGAAAGCUACAACCCUGAGCUUUUGGGAAAAGUUCAUAGAAUUACAAGCAAAAAUGUUAUUUGGUGGUCAAGAGGUUCAAAAUACUCACAUGUAUUCCAGUAGUCCCUUAGAAUGGCCAACCAUGACAAGAGGUAUAGCUUACUGGGUUUCCACCAAAAGCAAUGCACAAGUUUAUUUGCUUGGCAACAUUGUCAUUUGGUAUUCGGGAACGAUAUCCGUUUUAAUUUACUCGUCUCUUCUGAUUUUGUAUUUAAUGCGAAGACGAAGAAUGUGCUUUGACAUUUUUGAAGAGGAGUGGGAUCGAUUUGUAACUAUAGGGGAAACUUUGUUUGCAGGAUAUCUAAUUCACUUUUUACCGUUCUUUUUCAUUGAGCGAACGCUAUUUUUACAUCACUAUCUACCUGCGUUUAUUUUCAAAGUAUUAUUGACUGCAGCAACAGUGGAUCAUAUUUACUAUCUUAUAAGUGUUCACUGCAACUCAAAAUUGGCCUUAGCUGCUUAUAAAUUAUUUUUGAUAGGUUGGCUUGCUCUAAUUACUUACGUAUUUUGUAAAUUCACUGCACUGAGCUAUGGAAUUACUCCUUUGUCUGCAAAGGAGGUAUUAAAAUUGAGGUGGAAUGAAGAAUGGGACUUUAUUAUCCACAAGACAUAAUUAUCAAGAUGUAGGAAUAUUGACUGACUACUAUUAAGACAUACUGCUCUCUUGAAAGAAACGUUUUAUGUUGGACAUUUUUAAGAAAUGUUAUAAAUUUGAAGCUAUUUAACUUUUUAUCUCUUAAGAAUAUUGACAUCUGUUAAAGACAUUACGAACAUAUCAGCAUCCAGUGCAUUAUUUAUUGUUAUUUUAAAAUAGAAUUGGUUUAAUAGUAAUGUUGAAAAAAAUGAAUUAGUAUUUAAGAAGCAUUAAUGCACAUAAGGGACGAUUGAAAAAGAAGAGAGUUUUAUAACGCAAUAAAAUUUUUAUUUUGUUUAAUGUUUAAUAUCCCAUUAGACAUGUGUUAAAAUCAAUAUAUUUAUUUUGCAAAAGGAGUUUUAUAAAAUCUAAUGUAUAAUUUAAAAAGCAAAAUACACUCGAAAUACUGUAUAUAUAUACUAUAUAUCUAAAUACUACCAGUUGACACGAUUUUAAGAUCUAAAGAUGUUGAAAUGAUUUUAUAUUUAGACUACAUUAGUAAUGUGUAAUGAAUGCGAAUUUAAAUACAAAUUUUGACUUAGAAUUACGUGACUAAAGCUACGUAGAGAGAGCACUUAUAGUCCGUAUAUGGGCCGUUGAUUCAAAUUCACUUGUACAUUUAUGAUUGUGCAAUAAGAGAGUUAAUUUUAGCACAAGAGAGUGUAAUUAAAAUAUUUGUAUAACAAAUUGUUAAUGCACAUCUAAAUAGACAAAAAGAUUACAAUGCUGUACAAAGGAUGUCAAAAGAAUCAAGAUUAUACAAUUUAUACAAAACAAUAAAAAUUCUUAUAAAUUUUAAA